CUGAGUUUGGGGAACUGAGAGAAGAGGAGGUUCCUGCAGUCGAGAUAAACGAGCCUGUUCAUGCUCGACGCGGCUUCGGGCUCGGGGGUCUGUCCUUCAGCGCGAUGCAGGAGGAGGGAGAGGGCGACGGGAGGGUAUCAGGAUGGGGCUGGUGGCCCUCUUGGCGUCCUACAUCUGCGUCCCUCCUGAAGCACACAGAGACAAAAAUACUGGAUCGUGUUCAGAACGACCUGUGGGCUCGAUUCGUCUCACUGCCCACCCAGGACCGAAUCUGGACUCUGACCAUAACCCAUAAAAGUCUCAGGGAAGCUCCAAAGCCAACCUCUCGGACUCCACUGGUGAUGGUGCAUGGCUUUGGUGGAGGGGUGGGUUUGUGGAUCAGGAAUCUGGACCCUCUGUGUCGAUCUCGGCCCGUCUUCGCCUUCGACCUGCUGGGCUUCGGACGCAGCUCACGCCCCCGUUUCCCGCUGGACCCCGUCCAGGCCGAGCAGCGGUCAGUCAUCUCGAUAGAGCACUGGAGGCAGGCCCUGGGCCUGGAGAACAUGAUCCUAUUGGGUCACAGUUUGGGUGGUUACCUGGCAACAUCCUAUGCCAUACAGUACCCUGAGAGAGUUCGUCACCUGAUCCUUGUGGACCCCUGGGGUUUCUCGCAUAUGCCUGCAGAAGGGAUUUCCAAGCUGGGCUGCCCACGCUGGGUGGAAGGGCUUAUAGCCGUGGCCUCCUUCUUCAACCCUCUGGCUGUGAUCCGUGUCGCAGGGCCGUGGGGCCCUAAGUUAAUUAGUCGUGUUCGGCCAGACUUCAAAAAGAACUUUGAGGAGCUUUUUGAUGAUGAUACCAUUAUGGAAUACAUCUAUCACUGCAAUGCACAAACUCCCAGUGGAGAGGUGGCUUUCAGAGCUAUGUCUAAUUCGCUGCUCUGGGCGAAGAGACCCAUGCUGGACCGGAUUCACCUCUUGCCUCCUGAGCUUCCGGUGACCCUGGUGUAUGGAGGGCAGUCGUGGAUGGACAGCAAAACAGGAGAGAAAGUGGCCCAGCUUAGACCUAACAGCUACACUCGCACAGUGGUGUUGGAAGGAGCUCCUCAUCAUCUUUAUGCUGAUAAGUCUGAAGCUUUCCAUGCUGUGGUGCAGAGCGUCUGUGACGCCGUGGACUGAACCAUGGUCGUGUAAAUGUGUGCACUUGUACAAAAGAGAGUGUUUAUUUCUAAUAUUGGGCUACAAAAUUCACUUUUUUAAUAAAUAGUUUUUCACAUUAAUUAUUAACUAUUGUGCCCUGCGAUGGUCUGGCGACCUGCCAUGGGUGUCCAUCCGCCCGAUGACCGCUGAGAUAGGCUCCAGCAACCCAGAAAGAUUAGCGGUUUAGAAAAUGUAUGUGUGUAUUAAUUAUUGUUGGGGUUGCAGGCACAUGGUUGGACUUCAAGUGUGCAAUAACUACUGUUUUCUUAAAAUUGAGGUCAGUGUGCAUUAAAAUAUAAGUGUUUAAAGCAACGUGCUAACGCGCCUCUAAUGCAAAUAAAUGUUUUUACUAACUGUUGCAACUGUCAGCAAUCAUUAACAUGCUUUUUGAUUAAA